AUGGGCACAUGCUUCUCAGUACUGAUUCGUAUGGAAUUAGCACGACCCGGCGAUCAAAUUCUUGGCGGGAAUCAUCAACUUUAUAAUGUUUUAAUAACGGCUCACGCCUUUUUAAUGAUCUUUUUUAUGGUUAUGCCGGCGAUGAUAGGUGGAUCUGGUAAUUGGUCUGUUCCGAUUCUGAUAGGUGCGCCUGACAUGGCAUUUCCACGAUUAAAUAAUAUUUCAUUCUGGUUGUUGCCACCAAGUCUCUUGCUCCUAUUAAGCCCAGCCUUAGUAGAAGUGGGUAGCGGCACUGGGUGGACGGUCUAUCCGCCCUUAAGUGGUAUUACCAGCCAUUCUGGAGGAGCAGUUGAUUCAGCAAUUUCUAGUCCUCAUCUAUCUGGUGUUUCAUCCAUUUUAGGUUCUAUCAACUUUAUAACAACUAUCUCCAACAUGCGUGGACCUGGAAUGACUAUGCAUAGAUCACCCCUAUUUGUGUGGUCCGUUCUAGUGACAGCAUUCCCACUUUUAUUAUCACUUCCGGUACUGGCAGGGGCAAUUACCAUGUUAUUAACCGAUCGAAACUUUAAUACAACCUUUUCUGAUCCCGCUGGAGGGGGAGACCCCAUAUUAUACCAGCAUCUCUUUCGGUUCUUCGGCCAUCCAGAGGUGUAUAUUCCCAUUCUGCCUGGAUCCGGUAUCAUAAGUCAUAUCGUUUCUACUUUUUCGGGAAAACCGGUCUUCGGGUAUCUAGGCAUGGUUUAUGCCAUGAUCAGUAUAGGUGUUCUUGGAUUUCUUGUUUGGGCUCAUCAUAUGUUUACUGUGGGCUUAGACGUUGAUACCCGUGCCUACUUCACCGCAGCUACCAUGAUCAUAGCUGUCCCCACUGGAAUCAAAAUCUUUAGUUGGAUCGCUACCAUGUGGGGGGGUUCGAUACAAUACAAAACACCCAUGUUAUUUGCUGUAGGGUCCAUCUUUUUGUUCACCAUAGGAGGACUCACUGGAAUAGUUCCGGCAAAUUCUGGGCUAGACAUUGCUCUACAUGAUACUUAUUAUGUGGUUGCACAUUUCCAUUAUGUACUUUCUAUGGGAGCCGUUUUUGCUUUAUUUGCAGGAUUUCACUAUUGGGUAGGUAAAAUCUUUGGUCGGACAUAUCCUGAAACUUUAGGUCAAAUCCAUUUUUGGAUCACUUUUUUCGGGGUGAAUCCGACCUUCUUUCCCAUGCAUUUCUUAGGGCUUUCGGGUAUGCCACGUCGCAUUCCAGAUUAUCCAGAUGCUUACGCUGGAUGGAAUGCCCUUAGCAGUUCUGGCUCUUAUAUAUCCGUAGUUGGGAUUUGUCGUUUCUUCGUGGUCGUAACAAUCACUUCAAGCAGUGGAAACAACAAAAGAUGCGCUCCAAGUCCUUGGGCUGUUGAACAGAAUCCAAACACACCGGAAUGGCUGAUACAAAGUCCUCCAGCUUUUCAUACUUUUGGAGAACUUCCUGCUAUCAAGGAGACGAAAGGCUAUGUGAAGUAAAAGAAGAAAAAGUAUCCGAUUGCUACUAAGAACCUAACAUAACAUUUUUUUAAA